CGCGUCAUGAAUGAAGUCACGUCCAAUGCGGAAGUGAAUGAUAAUCGAGCAUUCGCCCAACGAUUCUAACGAAACCGACUCGCUGUCCGCGUCCGAAGAGGAAUUUACAGAGCCCUCGUCAUGCUUGGUGGAGGGUUCAAGUCCGAGAGACUGCGUGUCAAUCUCAGGCUUGUCAUAAACCGCCUCAAACUUCUUGAGAAGAAGAAAACCGAAUUAGCUCAGAAGGCUCGCAAGGAAAUUGCAGACUACUUGUCAGCGGGCAAAGAUGAGCGAGCGAGGAUCCGGGUCGAGCACAUCAUCCGGGAGGAUUAUCUGGUGGAGGCCAUGGAGAUCCUGGAGUUAUACUGUGAUUUGCUGCUCACCAGAUUUGGGUUAAUACAGUCCAUGAAGGAACUGGACCCUGGUCUACAAGAAGCCGUUUCCACACUCAUCUGGGCGGCUCCUCGACUGCAGUCGGAAGUGGCGGAGCUGAAGAUUGUUUCAGAUCAGCUGUGUGCCAAAUACAGCAAAGAGUAUGGAAAGCUAUGUAGGACAAACCAGAUUGGAACAGUUAACGAUAGGCUCAUGCACAAACUGAGCGUGGAAGCCCCUCCCAAGAUCCUGGUGGAGCGUUACCUCAUUGAGAUCGCCAAAAACUACAACGUCCCCUAUGAACCGGAUGCCAUGGUUCGGCCAGAGGUGUGCCCGGGGGAAGAGGCCGAUCUGAUCGAUGUGAACAGUGACUUCAGAAAGCCAGGAGGAGGCGCUGGAGGAGGAGGAGGAGGAGGAGGGUUUACUGCUCCUGCUGUUGGCAUGCCCAUGCCCAUGCCGAUGCCAAUGCCCACAGCGUUCAACUACCCAACGCCCAAAGGAGCUGAGGCUUUUAAUGGUCCCGUUGGCACCUAUGAUGGCUUUAGCAACUUCCAGGCUCCAGCGAGAGGAGGGCUGCCUCCACAACUGCCCAGCUGCCCCCCCACCUAUGAGUCUAUCGAUGAUUUGUCAAUCAAACCCUUUGACUCUUCCCAGGUCAUCCCAGGCCCGACCCCGUCCGGUCAGGUCUACGACAACUCCAACCUUCCCGAACUCCCGUCUGUUCCCAACACACUCCCGGCCUCGUCCUUCGGAGCCAACGCGUCGGAAGACAUCGACUUCGACGACCUGUCACGCCGCUUCGAGGAGCUCAAGAAGAAGACCUAAACACUCGAUUACAAGUUUUCACACGGUGGAGGUGUAAUAUAAGAUUUCUUACCUAACACAAUGAAGGAUGGGAUGUCGCACACAAACGGACUAACAGAACGCAACCUUUUUAUGAGCACUUUGCUGACCCAUAAACUCAAGAAGUGUUAGCUCUAGUAAAUCACUGAGCAGGAAUAACCGGUUUCCAUUACGUUACAUGGGUUGCUAGUGCAUAUCAAUUGUUUUGCGAAGUGACUCAGCGUUUUGGUUAUUGACAGCCUCGCAGUUCAUCAAUCAUCUCUUUCUCCUGAAGUUAGUAGUUUAAUGCUGUUUAUCUGAGAGGUUACACAUGAUCUGAUCUCCAGUUGUGUGUCUCGAAUGUGUGUUUGCCUUAAUUUCCGUCUCUUAAACUGUGGCCUUGCCGUGCCACACCUCUCUCUCUCUCUCUCUCUCUCUCUCUCUGGGACACGCAACAGCAUUUAAUAAGUCAUUUACAUGCUCAUGCUUCUCUCUGGUGGGGGUUUCAUCACACAGGCGACACUCGAAAAAUGAGAAUAUCCUGCAAAGUUCAGGAAUUCAACUUAAAUAGACUCAUUAGCCUUUAUUUGUUGUAUUUUUGAUGAUUAGGGCUUAUGAACUCCUUUUCAUAAGUUGGGCUGCUGUAAUCCAUAAUCAUCAACAUUAUAACAAAUAAAGGCUUGAAAUAUCUCACUUUGCAUGUAAUGAGUCUAUUUAAGUUGAAUUCCUGAACUUUGCAGGAUAGUUUCACCUGUGUAUGAUUGACUUAUUUAUAAGAAUUGACCACAUCCGUGUCAAUGACUUAGGAUUGGAUUGGAUUGUGGUUUUAUAUCUGUAUGAUUGCUUUUCUCUUGAGUUUAUAACACUAAUUUGUCUUCAAAUCAUCUAAAUACAAUGUUUAGGGAUGAUAGAUGCUGAUUUUAACAUGCCGUGUAAUAAAGUAUAUUUGCUCGUAACCUUA